AUGCCACACCACGACCGGAAAGCGCCGGGCUCAAAUCUACGCGCCCUCAAUCCUACCGAAGCUAAAACCCUCUCUCGCAGCGGGAAACUCCCUCCAAAGAAAGCACCAGCCCCCCCACUCGAGCCAGUGCCAGCGCCAGCGCCAGUGCCAGAAACCCCGGGCCCCAGUCUAGCCCGCAAGGGGCCCUUCCAAUCCUUCUUCUCCAACUUCCGCCAGCGCUAUGCAGCCCUCCCACGACCAGUUCGGCUCAUGUGUCGCGGAGCUCGUGUCCUCGUUCCGUUGAUCCCUAUUAGUCUCUUCUUUUCGGAGCAUGUCAUGCAAAUAAUGUGGGUCAAGGGCCCGUCGAUGACGCCGUAUCUCAACGAGGACUAUGACCAGAUGCACACGAAGAGCGAUAUGGUACUGGUUAACAUGUGGUCUUUGCACCGGAUUCUGCCCUGGAAAAGGCAGACGAGGCUGGAGAGGGGGAUGGUGGUGACUUUCCGAUCGCCUGCCAAUUCCUCACACAUCGCGAUCAAACGAGUCGUCGGUCUCCCUGGUGACCGCAUCACCACUCGCGAACCAUGCUUGAAAUCUACUCAGAUCGUUCCUUUCAACCACGUCUGGCUGGAAGGCGAUGCCGCAGACCCCCGCAGGUCGCUUGACAGCAAUACCUACGGCCCCGUCAGUAUCAGCCUGAUCACAGGGCGCGUGGUCGGUGUCCUGGGACCGCGAAUGCGCUGGUUGGAUUGGACACAAUGGGAGUCAGGGAAAGUGGAGGAUGCUGGGCUGGAUAGUCGGCUUGGGGAGAAUUAUCGACAGAGUGUGCGCGACCGCGUCCUGAAGGAAGCCGUAAAGCUGGAGCGACCAGCUGACUUUUGA